AGGAGCAUUUUCUUGAAGACGCAGCCUGAAAAGCGAGCGUUGGAGCGCCUCUUCUCUCCAAAGUAAAGCCAACAAAGGAGAGAGAUGAUAGAUUUGCUGUUGACAAAAACAAAUCAUUCAAAUAUGAUGAAAAGGGUUGCAAGAGGAGAGCAGAGGAUCAAGAAGAUGCAGCGUUAGGGUGAGAGCGUGGUGACUACUAGUUGCUUCUGCAUGAUAGGCUGCUGAGUGUGUGUGUGUGUGUGUGUGUGUGUGUGUGUGUGUGUCUGGGAUGAGUACGCUGGUGCGCUGAGGAUGCAGGGUGAGCAGCAGCAUGAGUGAGGAGCGAGUGGACAAUGAUGACAUGGUGUGUCAGAGCGCCCUGACCCUCAUGCUUGACCUGUGCCUGCACAACAACACGCUGCCGGACCAGCACGCCUGCCACGACUUCCUCUUCCUGCUCGCACACGGACACGCCAAGCACACGCAAGCAGACGCUACUUUCGGCCUCCUGCUCGGUGUGUUUGUGGUCUGUGGCCUGGUUCUGCUGGGCCUCCUGGCCUUUGGCUCCUGGAAGCUGUGCGGACCGCCUGGCCGGAGCAAGGCCGGCUUCCCCGGUCCGUCCCAAAGUGCGGACGACCGCCCGCUGCAGCCGGCGUUGCCGGCGGCCGGUCACCACCACUUCCACCACCAGCAUCAACAGCAACAGCAACAGCAGCAGCAGCCGCCAGUUACCAUGGCGACAGAGAAAGUGAAAGACCCCGUGGGCCCUAUGGGCUUCCUGGAGGCGGCAGUGAAGAUAAGCCAUACAUCUCCUGACAUCCCCACCGAUGUUCAGCUUUCCAUGAGGGAGCACUUCCUGCGCCGCACGCAGCGCAUGCAGAGGCAGACCACUGAGCCUGCUUCCUCCACCCGGCACAAUUCCUUCAAGCGCCAUCUUCCCCGGCAGAUGCAGGUGGGCAGCCUGGACCUCGGGAACGACUACGUGUUGGACAAAGAGGAAAAAUCCACCAGCAUCGGCCGCAUCCAGCCGGAGCUCUACCAGCAGAAAACUUUGGAGUCGGAGGAUUCGUCCAAGAACGGCGGCAGCAAAAACUGCGGCAGGAUUAACUUCUCCCUCAAGUAUGACUACGACAGCGAGGCCCUGCUGGUCAACAUCAUCCAGGCAGUGGAGCUCCCUGCCAAGGACUUGUGCGGCACGUCCGACCCUUACGUAAAGAUCUACCUGCUGCCCGACCGCAAGAAGUUCCAGACGCGCGUCCACCGGAAGACACUCAACCCCACCUUCGACGAGAGCUUCCACUUCCCCGUGCCUUAUGACGAGCUGGCCACCAGGAAACUCCACAUGAGCGUCUUUGACUUUGACAGGUUCUCCCGCCACGACAUGAUCGGGGAGGUGGUGCUGGACAACCUGUUCGAGACGUCUGACCUGUCCCGGGAGACCAACAUAUGGAGGGACAUUGACUAUGCCACCAGUGAGAGCGUGGACCUCGGGGAGAUCAUGUUCUCACUCUGCUACCUGCCCACUGCUGGCAGACUCACCCUGACCGUCAUCAAGUGCAGGAACCUGAAGGCCAUGGACAUCACCGGAUACUCAGAUCCGUACGUCAAAGUGUCGCUCAUAUGUGACGGGCGACGUCUAAAGAAGAAGAAGACGAGCAUCAAGAAGAACACCCUGAACCCCACCUACAACGAGGCCAUCAUCUUCGACAUCCCGCCCGACAGCAUGGACCACGUCAGCCUGCACAUCUCAGUCAUGGACUACGACUUGGUCGGUCACAACGAGGUCAUCGGCGUCAUGCGGUUGGGCUGCAACGCCGAGGGACUGGGCAGGGACCACUGGAACGAAAUGUUGGCUUACCCCCGCAAGCCCAUCGCACACUGGCACCCCCUGCUGGAGUCCAAGAAGUCUGAGAAGGAGUGGAAAGCGAGAACGGCCAGCUUUGACAGCCAGGGCUCCUGCCCCUCCCCUCGUCCCCCAGCCACACCCUGAGAGGCGCCACCUGAGACCCCCUGCAACCCAGUGGGGUGGGGGUGGUUAGCGGCGGUGGUGGUGCUGCUGUGUUUUCUGCCUCCUGCUGGUCCACUUCCUGUCUGUCUGACUCUGUUCUGACCUCCCCCCCCAGCGAGGCCCGUUCCUCCCGCCCUCACCUUCCGUGGGACCACGUCAGGUCAGAGCGACCGGUGUUUGCGGUUUGCAGGCCGUUGAGCUAAGCGGCGGUUUCUUGACGGGAAGGUCGGGGGUCACCAGGGAACAUUUCUUGGUGCGAAACAGGAAGGCAGAGGAGACAAGUUACAAAAAUAAGUGUCGCAUAUGAUAAAAAGUCUUUAAAAAAAAUCCUAUUUGUUGUUCAAGUUGAGUUUGCAGUUGCAUCAACGACAUUAUUUGUCAUGCAAUGUUUGUUUUUCUGCCUAGCAACAGGUAAAAUACUUCGCAGCCAAAAGAUAAUCAUUUGUAUUCUAAUAAGUCUUAAUUUUGUUUUUUGAAAUUAAUAAAAAUGUAUUCUGGUUGCUAAAAUGAAUUCAAAACAAUAACAUUAACUACAAUUAAUUAAACUAAAUGAAUUAAAAUUAAUUUAUUUGCUAAAAAGUUAAAACAAUUACAAUUUAAUUAAAAUGAAAUUAAAGAAAAAAAUAAAUAUAUAUAUUUAAAUUAGCCCAACUCACUAUCACUAUCCCUGGUUGUUUUUACUGUAAUAAGGCUUAUCUUUUUCAUUUAAUUAAAAUUAAUUCAGUUUGCUAAAAUUAAUUUGAAACAAAAUGUAAUAAAAUUAAACUAAAUACAUUUAUUUCAAAUGUAUUUAAAUUAGAACAACUCGUCUCUUUUCCUGGUUGCUUUUACUCUAUUAAGUCUUAAUUAUUUUUUAAACGAAUUUAAAUUAAUUCACUUUCCCAAAAUUAAUUUAAAACAAUAAAAUGAAUUAACAUUGACAGAAAUUAAUUUUAUUUAAAUACAUUUUCUUCGCUAAGAAAAAGUUUCAAUUAGCACAACUUCACACUUUCUCUGGUUGUUCUCACUCCAAUAAGCCUUAAUUAUUUAUUUUGAAAUGAAUUUAAAAUGAAUUCAGUUUGCUAAUAUUAAUCAACAUUCAUGAAACUAAAUUAAUUAAAAUAAAAUACAUUUUGUUUGCUAAGAAAAAUGUUUAAACUCGCACAACUUGCCACUUUCCGUGGUUGCUUUUACUCUAAGUCUUCAUUUUUUUGUAUUAAUUAAAAAGUAUUCAGUUUGCUAAAAUUAACUUAAAAACAAUAAUAUUAAUUAAAAUGAAUUAAACUGAACUAAUUUCAUUAAAAAAAAACUCUUUGCCUAGAAAAAAUAAUUUAAAUUAGCCCAACUUAUCAUUCCUGGUUGUUUUUACUCUAGUAAGUUUUUUAAAAAUUACAAUGAAUUAAGUUUGCUAAAAUUACCUUAAAACAAUAAUAUUAACUAAAUUAAUUUAAAAAAUUAAAAUUGUAUUAAGAUUUAAUUAAAAAUUUAAUUACAAAUUUAAUUAAAAAUUAAUUUAAUUUAAAAAAUGUUUGCUUAAAAAAUAUAUUUAAAUCAGCACAACUUCCCCUGGUUGUUUUUACUCUAAUCAGGCUUAAUUUUUUUUUAAUUAAGUAAAGCUUUAAAAUUAAUUUAAAAAAACGUUAAUUAAAAUCAAACUAAAUUAAUUUCAUUCAAAUACAUUUUGUUUUUAACAUAUUUAAUAUAAAAUAAUAUAAUACAAUAAAAUGAAUUAAAUUGAAUUGCAAUUUAAGUGGAUUUUUAGUGGAUUUUUUAGUUUUCCAAAAACGUAAUAAUUUAAAUUAGCACAAUUUGUCACUUUCUGGUGGUUUUUGGUGGUUUCUGCGGGUGGAGUUUGUAUACUUGAGUGUAUAUUUUCAUGUAAUGUGUUUUGUUCCCUCCGCGUAGUGACUAUGUUUUGUUAACGAGACCGGAUGUGACGAGUACAUAACAGUAGUGAUUUUUCGAGCAUACAGUAUGUAGCCUAGCCGGUGGUGAUAUUUUGAGGAAAAAAAAAACCCAAACACUCCCUCGAUGUGAUUUGUCACACUGGUUCUGAUUCUGUGCUUCUACUGGAUCCCCUCAGGCCCUUGUCUUUCACACUGACACCGUUUUAAUAACAUUGUGAGAAGAAAUCAGCAGUUUGGUGCCGUGUUUCCCGUACGCCACAAAUAGAUUUGGUACUACCUGUUUGCCCUUGCGCAUAAAGACAUUAUAAUGCACCUGGUCUGCCAGAGAUGAUGAAGAAGAAGACGUAGCAGGAGGGAUCGGUGUUGCCAACUUAGCCACUUUGUUGCGAUAUUUAGCGAGUAAUCAGAUCUGUCUCGAUGCUCUUUUUCACAAAAGUGACUAGCGACAAGUCUCGUGAAGACAUGAAAGCAGGUACCGCUCUUCUCAACGAGCAGCGGGUGCUGCGGUGGGCUCCUCCCCAUCAAAAAGCACUCACAGACGAUAGUUCAUUUGUACAUUGAAACUUAUUUGUUUUGCUUUUUGUGUUUUUCUUACUCACUUUUUGCAAAUGUGUCAUCAUCAACUUCAACUUGUCUAGGUUGCCUCCUAGUGGCCAAAAACGACAAAGAUUAGAUGCACCCAGUUGCGGCCAAUCAGACCUAAGGUUUGGGGUUUGAAACUUGUUUCUGCUGCACCCUGGUAGCCAAAAAUUUUGAUAAGGCAUGGAAAUUUUGUUUGGUCACAAACGAAACUUCAGUUUGUUUAAUGACCAUAACGACAUUAAGAAAUGUAGAUCAAGACAAUCUGUCAUUUCUAGUGGCGGCCAAUCAGGUUCAAUCAAUUUAAAAGUCGUUAGUAAAAAAAAAAAAACCACAACAAUAACAUUAACAUUUUCAUUUUCAUCUAACCAUAUUUAUGCAAGGUUGUUUUCGAUGUCUAAAUACGGGGAGGGGAGGGAAUAGUGAAAAAUGACUGGUUGAUGACCCGGUGUGUCAUAUCUAAAGGCGGCCAAUCAGAUUCAAUCAGGGUUGGGUUUGAACAUCUUUUAUGUCGGCCCCAACUGGCCAAAAAAAACGCCGACGACAUUAAAAAAACCCACUGGAUCCGCAAAAAAUGUUGAUGGUUGAUGACCCGGUGUGUCAUAUCUGAAGGUCUCCAAUAAGAUUGGAUCAGGGUUGGGUUCAAAAGUCAUUUAUGCUGCCCCCAACAGGCCCAAAAAACAAUAAAAAAAAUCUCAUUCCAUCUGCACAAAAUCUAACCACUUGUGCAUUGUUGUUUUCGAAGUCUAAAAUCGAGGGAAAAUGGAUGGAGAAAGAGAACUGGUUGAUGACCCGGUGUGUCAUAUCUAAAUGUGGCCAAUCCGAUUCAAUCAGGGUUGGGUUCAAAAUUAUUUUAUGCUGCUCCCAACUGGCCAAAACAUUUAAUAAGGACACUAAAAAUGAGUUUCAGCAAAUGAAAAGUUGUUUUCUAAUGGGACGAUUGGAUGAAGAUUAGGGUGUCACAUCGUUGCUUGUACUGCCCCCAAGUGGCCAAAAAAUCUGAAUAGAAAAUAAACAACUCUGGAAACAGAAGGAACUUAGUUAUUUUCAUGACAAGCAUUCACAAGUUUGCUAAACCAUGCCCCCUAUCUUCCGCAUCUGGGCCACUUGCGUGCACAAACGACCUGACCAUAUAUCAACAGUGUGUCUCCAGUGGCUCCGCUUUCCAGACUGUGUAGGUGCAGAUGUUUCCGGCAGGAUCUGUUUUCGACAUUUACCGCUGCGUCGGCCAGACGGGGGUCAGCCCAGUUGGGUGGGCGUCGGAAGAGCUGUGACAUUUAGCCUAAUUGGCGUUUGUUCAGCGGUGGCGACGGUGAGUCCAUGCGUUGAUGGUUGUGUCAUCUCACUUACUUUUAUUGGCGAGCAUCCACAACAUGUCAAGUGUCAUAUCAGAGCACAAACAAAAAAUACAACCACGUACCGUACUUCAGACCCUCGGAAACCAAGCGUAAUCCAUCCCAGUUUGAUUGGAUUUGAAUUUCCUCCAUAAGAAACACACGGUUGUCGGCACGCACAACGCAGCCCACCAAUUGUUUGUGAUACUCUAUGUUUCGCAAAACAACGUAAACAAGUCAUAACUUUAAAAAGAUACAAUUUCUGCCCCAUUUGGAGAUCUCAAGUACAGUUACCAAAACACAGGACCCAAAGAAAACUACGCACAAAAAAUCUCAUAUCUCUGCGGACAUAUCCACAGUGUGGGAGCAUCAACCUCGUCUCCCAAGGGUCAAACUUGAACACGAUCCAAAGAUACUGUGAUCUCUGUUCUACGCACAAAAAAUCUUUGGACCUAUCCACAGGGAGGGCGAAUCAGCCCCAUCUUUCUCGGGUCAAACUUAUAUGGUUCUUUGUUCUUCACAGAGUGAUACCAUUUUUGCCCUGUUUGGAGAUCUCAAGUAGAGUUACCAACACACAAAACUUGAACAUGACCCAAAGAAAACUGCAACCCCUGUUCGUCACAAAAAAAAAAUGUCCGACCUAUAGUGGGAGAGUCAGCCCCCAAUUUUUUUUUAUGGAGUGAUACCGUUUUGCCCCAUUUAGAGAUCUCAAGUAGAGUUACCAACAGACAAAAUUUUAACAUGACCCAAAGAAAACUGCAACCCCUGUUGUACGCACAAAAAAAUCUCGGACCUAUCUACAGAGUAGGAGAAUGAAGCCCGUCUUCCUGGGGUCAAACUUAUGCAGAUUUUUUUUUUAGAGCAAUACUAUUUUUGCCCAUUUGGGGAGCUUAAGUAGAGUUACUACCGCGCGGGAUGACCACAGUUCCAACGGCCACUUAUGCUGCAAAUGUUCAUCCGAAAUUAUAGAGAAUGUUCACAAAGGUUGGCUGUAUACGCCCUCGGAACAAGUCGUACACACACAAGAAAUAAUGUAGUAAAAGCCGACCAAUCACAGCUCUUACGCCGUCGCCUUGACACAGAAGCAUAAGCGAGGUUUUAGAAAUAAUAAAUUGUCUAGCAAAGCAGACCAUUGACUUUACGUUAUUCUUCCAGGUCUACGGUGGUUGUGACUAUUUUGAAACAACUGCUUGAAAAAUACGGUCUUCUUUAACUUUCAUUUGGGCUUUCAAAUAUUUCCUUGAAACUUUCGCUGGAAUUCCAGUUUGUUUGCUCAAACGUUCAAAUUCGAGCAUCCACUGUAUGUACGAUCUCGUUUUUGUACAUGUUUUGGACUGUUAUCGCUUAGCUCCACCUACCUUUCUCAAUAUGCUUUCUUGAUAUGAUAGCACUGAAUUUUUUUAUUGAACAUUUUGUAUUUGUAACAAAGAUGAACGCGUGCGAUACCAUGAAGAGUUGAGUUGUUAUCAUGAAGUCUGAUGACGUUAUUAUCGACAUUCUAUCGGCUACUAGUUGUCACUGUCAGACCAAUUUGUUGUUUUCCUUCCAUGAGGUGUCAUAUUGGUGUUCUGGGUUCUGUGACCUUAUCUUUCUUUGGAUUAAAGGAUCUUAUAUGCAAA